UCACAACAGGUUGAAAAUUUACCUAAAGUUACCACAGCCAAAGAUCUUGUAAAAUGUCUUCAAUUAAGAGAAAUGGUGUAUGCAAAAAAAAUAAUGCAACUUUCAGUGGCUGCAGACAAGAAAGGAGCCUGUGCAGGUUUAGCUGUAGCUGUUCUGCCCAGAUAUUGUCUCAAUCAUAGUGGUAUUCUCACAAAACAUAACAGUGUUUACAAUGGCAAUGUUAUUAAAGUAAGAGAAGUGAAGAACAGAAAAAUACUUCUGAAAAAGCAAAUGAACUGGUUAUCAUCAGAUAAUUACAGCCAUGUAGGUUUCCGUGGACGUUUCCAGGUAUACAACAAUCUUCUCCAGGAUGUGACAACACAGUAUGGCUAUUAUCUGAUAGAUGGAGGGUCUUACAUACAAUUUUGUGACGCUCAUGAUGUUGUUGAAUUAGCUACUGCAGCAGGUGUUGAUAGAAUUGUAAUGAAGAUGAGAAAUCCAGACAAUAUGUUAACAUCAGAAAUAGAAUUGUGUAAGACCUACCCUGGCUAUCUGUAUACUACAUUAGGUGGUGGCUCUGCACAGAUGGCAGCUCGUUAUAAGCCUGAUACAUACACAGCCCUGUUCAAUCAGUUAGAACAUCAAAACAACAGUAAAUAUAUAGUAGCCAUUGGUGAAUGUGGUAUUUCCAAGCCAAUACAGGCAAACGUAGAUCUACCAUCACUUGAAAAACAAAUCAGUCUUUUUAAAGAUAUGGUAAAGCUUGCGAAUCAUUUUAAAAAACCUUUACUGGUAAGGUCCAGGAGAGGUGUAGAUGAAAUGCUUGAUAUUUUAAAAGAUUUCCCAGAUGUAUUAGCUUGUUUAACAAUUGGCUAUGAAAUACCAGAAGAUACAGCUAUUUCAAAAUGGAUCAAAAAAGGACAUUACUUAGGAGUUACUGGUGCUGUGUGGGCUUUUAACGAAAGGAAUUUCUGGAUUCCAGAAUUAAUAAAAACAGUUCCAACUGAUAGAAUAAUUCUUUGCAGUAAUGCACCAUAUUUAUCAUGCUGGAAAAAAGAUGAAGAUGCAGAUUUCUUAUCAGAGGUUAAAAAAUGUGAUGAUUUCAAAAAAGUAAAUAAAGAGUGUAUAAAUUUAUUUGAUACUAGUAAUAAAGAAGAAGAUUUCAAGUUGAAACAUGUUCAACCUGCAGGACUUUCAAUAGUAUUAGAACUUUUAGCCUCAUGUUUAAAUAAAUCUCCUAUCAGUCUUGCACAGGUUCUUAAUGCUAAUGCUGAAAAAUUCUAUAAGUUUGAUUCCUUAGGUACUAAAUAAUGAAUUAUUCUGAAAUCUAAUUCAUAAGUAAAAAUAAAAGAAACAAGAUGUUAAUUACUACGUAUUUUAAUUCUGUUGAAUAAUAUUUUAUGAAAUUAAGGAUACUAAAUAUAAGAAAGGUGAAUUUUGAUAAAAGUAUUCCUUUUUUUGUCCAAACCAUUAAUUUAUUAUUUGUGAAAAAAAAGCAUUUAUCCAUUGUCAAUCCUUAUAGAGUGUUUCAAAAAAAAAAUUAGCUGCUUAUUGCCUCCCCUGAAAAAAAGAGCUAUCUUCUUUUAAAGGAAAAAUCAUUUCCUAACUUUAUUAGUUCAUUUGCACUGACUACUUUUUUCUCUUUAAUAAUUUUUAUGUCCCCGCUGUAGGGGAAGGGACAGUAAGUUUUAUCCUCAUCCGUCCGCACAUCCGUAUGUCUGGAAAUUGGUUUUCGUUCUUUAGUUUGCCUCAACCAAAUGUUAUGAAACUUAUACAUAAUGCUUAUUACCACAAAAUACAGAUCACGUUUAAAUUUGGGUGGCGCCACUUAUAUUUUUCUAGAGUUGUGUCCCUUUACAAACGAAAAAAUUGCUGAAUUUUUUGUUUCCGUUCUCUAACUUAAGUUUGCCUCAACCAUAUGUUAUGAAACUUAUACACAAUGCUUAUUACCACAAAACUCAGAUCAAGUACAAAUUUGGGUAGUGUCACUUUUACUGUUCUUCAGUUAUGUCCCUUUAUAUUGUUAUAUGCAAGCGGGGCAUCAUCUGUGUCCCAUGGACACAUUCUCCAUUUAUUUUAUUUUCAUUCCACAAACUAUUUUUUUUAAUGUCUUGUAGUAUAUUAGGAUAUUUUCACCAUUUUCAUAUUUUUGGUUUAUUUUGGCAGCUAUGGUGAAGAGGCAAAAAAUAUCACUCCAAAUUAUAUUUUGUUAUAUCCUAGAAGUUGACAGACUUGCUUCAUUGUGUAUAAAAGUUGUUUUAUUCCUUUUCUAUUGUAUCAUGGUAAAAUAUGAGUCAAUCACAAUAUUUUAGUACACACAGUUACAUACAUUUAUGUCAGUUUUUAGAAAUUUGACUUUAUAAAUGAAGUUAUUGGUUUCUGAAUUUUACUUUAUUUGUUAUUAUACUCAUGUUAUUUUUUUUUUUAAAUAUCUUGACUUAUUUAUAAUAUUUAUGUGUGAAGUUUGAAUAAUAAAUUUAAAGAUUGGAAA